GCGGAGGGACGCUGGGAGUGGCGGUUGUUUCAAGAUGGCGGAUGUGGCCGCGGGGCCAGGGCCGGAAGGAGCCGCUUACUGGAGCAGGGACCGUAUCCUUCCUGGGGGGCGGCUGGCUGGCUGGUUUCGGGGUGAAGGAGAGGCGACGCCAAGAAAGGGCGGGUGGCGGGGAAAGAAGAAACAUACGCGUCAGUGAGAAGUGUCUGUGUAGCCUCUGAGCAUAUCAAGAGUGCCCUUUCUGUUCACUCGCAGGAGCAAGUGCCGGAGAGUUCCGCAGGCCCGCUCUCCAUAAGCGUGCGCAGCGUUGCAGCCCAGGCCUGGGCGUGCUUGCUUGGAAGCAAGUCCCGCUGAGCUGAAGGGGGGAUUUACUCCCAAGGAAGAAACGGGGGUCGGAUUGCAGCCUGAAUUGGGAUAUCCCAUUUGAUUCUUGUAGCAAGCCAGAACUGUAAAGGAGAGGGUGAGGCGACUCCGCUUUGUGGCUGAGCAGAGUCUUGAACUCGUUCUCAGGUCUUGGUCCAACACUCUAUCUACUACAUCACACUGGCUCAGAAUUCUUUGGUCAGAAGGGGAAGGCUGAACAGGAUAUCAAUGCAGGAGUUUCCACAGAGAGGAAUUUUCGAGCAAGACACCUGCUGAAAGGUCACAAAGCAGACGUGAAGGCGAAGGCUCCUGUAUCUGCUGCUCCUGUCCCCAUGGAUGCCUUUAAGAGCCCAGGAGAGGCUGCUGGGCAGCAGGUCCCUGACAAAGGAGGAAUGAAGAGUGCUUCUCUAAAGGAUUUAUGUCCCGAAGACAAGAGGCGCAUUGCAAACUUAAUUAAGGAGCUUGCAAGGGUGAGCGAAGAGAAAGAGGUGACGGAGGAGCGACUGAAAACUGAGCAGGAGUCGUUUGAGAAGAAGAUCAGACAACUCGAGGAACAGAAUGAACUCAUCAUCAAAGAAAGGGAAGCCCUGCAGCAGCAGUACAGAGAGUGCCAGGAACUCUUAAGCCUUUAUCAGAAGUAUCUCUCGGAGCAGCAAGAAAAGCUCACACACUCCCUUUCGGAGCUUGAGGCUGCCAAGCUGAAGGAGCAACAGAUGUCAAAUCAGAGAACUCUCUGUCAACCUCUGGCUCCAUUGGAAUUGGAUGGAUCCUAUCUCAGUAUAGCAAGACCACAGACUUCAUUCAAGAACAACAGGGUGUUGUGUGGAAGUCCUCCUCUCACAUCUGCAGCACAGCCCUGUAGGAGCAGUCACAUUCGUGGUUCUGCAAUCCAUGGUAGCUGGCAAGAUCAGAAUGAGUUCCUCCUGGGAAAUGGGUUGCACAGUAAAUGCAACAAUGUGGUAUCCCCAGCAAAGUCGAAGGCAUCCCUCCAAAUCAAGAGAACUCCUGUUGUGGAUCAGAGGAGGGAUGUGUGUCCUCUUCAAACUUGCUUUUUCCACAAGAAGUCGGGUAGCUCAGAUCAUGACUCUUUCCCAGUUGGCAAUCACAAUCCAAAGAGACCUUCAGGAGCACAUUGUGACUCUUCCACAGAUUACUCUUGCCCACUACAUCCUUCUGGGCUGAACGGCAGCCUAGACCUGGGACUGAAUGAAUCGGAGUUCAGUAAAAGGCUAUCAGAAGAAAGAAGAAAGCAACUUUUGCUGCAGAAAAUGGAGCUAGAAAUUGAAAAGGAGCGCCUUCAGAACCUAUUAGCCAAACACGAGGCAAAAUUGCUGCUCCAGCAACAGCAGCUCCACCAAUCCAGGCUUGAUUACUAUAGGUGUAAAGGCCACGUUCCUAAUUCUGAAGAACUGCUCCUUGACGAAGUGCUGAUGAGACCAGGCGGCCAGGCCCCUGUGAUGAAUGGCGCUGCUGGGGUCCUCAGUUCUCCGAAGCUCAACUGUGGAGGCUGCCUCUCCAAAACACCAGCGUCUGAGAAAAGUUGCAGAGCCCCGGGGAGCAGUGGAGGGAACAGCUCAGGGAAGAAAAGUGUUGGUUUCAGUGCGCAUGCGGAAGAUGACAAAGCCCUUUGGGGGCACACAAAGAAGGAAACCGUCAGGCCAAGGAGAGGGAUGGCUCCCGGCUCCCGGAAGGAUGCAGCUACAUCCCCUAGGCUGACAGGCAGCAGGAAAGAGCUUGUAACCACCGCCACGUCCCCAAUCCAGCAUGACACCUCACGAUAUGAGGCCUCUCUCUUUGACCUGGUGGAAGCAAUCUGCCCAGGGCUCCAGCAGCCACAGCACUACACUGAAAGUCGCAGCCACAGCAAGGGGCUUGCGCCCCAAAGUGCAACCCGCAGACAACCUGGCUGGAGUCGGAGCCCUCCUGCUGCCAGAAACGGGGCCGCUGAACUCGAAGAGAGUCGGAUUCUGGAGGAGAUCUUUUUCAUUUGAUGGCCCAGCUCUUGCAGCCUUCCUGGCAGAUCCAAGGACCUUCCUUCCCGUUCUGACAUGGGCCAUGUUUACAUGUCAGCGUAUUGGUUUUAAAUUAUUUGAUUGACGAGUGAUUGUCUCCUAACUGCCCCUUAGAAAACUAACACAAUAGGCCCCUGCCCAACUUCCAGAUCAUGUCCGAAAAGCAUCCUUUGGAAUAGGCCGACCAGUGUGUGAGUGGAUCAUUCCCUGGGCUCCUUUCAUGUGCUGUUACAAGGUGUAAUUUUUAAAGGAAAACGAAUUCAUGCCAUUGUGGAGAGGAUUAGUAUUUCAUUAUGGAUUUUUAUUUUUAUUUUUUAGCUGUGAAAACCAGUUUGCCAGACCUGCACCCUCCCCCGCUCCCCAGCGACAUCAUUUUCCAUUUUAAAAGCCUCCUGCUAAACUGAGGGUGCUACAUAUGCAAUUUCUGAAAUCCUCCAUCACAUUCCACAUUGCACCAUUAGACUGUUUUUAAGAAAGAUAACAUGCAGCUCUUCUCAACACUAACAAAUGUUUCACAGUUCAUGAAUUCCUUACAAAAUGUGUCUUAGAAAAAUAAUAAUAAUAAUAAUAAUGAAGGGUGUCUUGCAGUAGUGGCCAGUACCGAUGAGCUGGAAGGGCAGCAAGCCUGCCCCCCGCGGUAUCCUCUGGUCUCUCAGGCGGGCUGCUUGCCCAGGCGGCUGGGGUGGGGUAAGCAGGGUGUCCCAGAGAUGAAACCAUGGCAGGGAGGGGAGGGAGAAGGGCAUACAGCUGGUGCUUGCUUGCUGCCCUUCCAGCAAUCCCCUCCCACUCCUGGUGUAUUGGGCAUGGGGAGCACGCCCUAGCUGCUUUCCAGUCUUAACCACUUUAGACAUCCUAGCAAGCAAAACUGCUUAACUUCCCCCGCCCCCACCUUCUGUAUACAAAUACUGGAGUUGCAGGACAAGACCAGUUCCUAAAGUGUGUUCUGCGCUGUGGACUCUUUUUGAUGCCCUGCCUGCUUCUCAAUGUUGUAAAUAAAGACAAAUCAGUCAUUAUUUCCAGCCACCGCUUUUUGCAUCUGCCUCCCUCUGGCUUUAAUUAUUCAUGCCGUAUCUAUUUCAGUUUGUUCAAAAAGGUGCACACACCCCCGCCUGCAGCUUUGCAUGCGCUCAAUUGUGUGUUUUUUUUAAAAAAGACACCACGCACAUGUGGAAUUGGUAAAAAUGACUGCAGAGUGCAGGACCAACUGUCACUUCCUGCAGAAUGCAGUGCUCAUAUUUUAUCAGACUAUCACUAGCCACUGGCAUCAGUUCCUAGAAACACAGCUCUGAAAUAACUCCUCUUGUGCAGGAGAAAGGCAGCGCCAUCAGAGAGUUCCUACUACUUCUGGAUGGGUUGUUCAGAGAAGGCGACUCUGAGGUGACCCAUUGGUUUUGAUUUGAUGUUGCUGCUCUCCACACAUGCAUCAACCCACCAGUGGCCAAUGAUGGGCUGGGAAGGAGUCCCUUGAGAUGUUCUGUUGACUAAGGCAAGGGGCGCAUCAUCCAUUGGCUCAGGGGGGGCUGGGGGCAAGAGGACGACAACUUGGCAUCCCUUUAAGCAUCCCAAAGUGGUGUCCUCAGGGCUUCCCUGGGCAGUCACACUACUUCCAAGGGCUCAGUUGUGUGCUUGUGUGUUUUUAAUCAGGUUAUGUUCUAGCUUGCCAAGGCUAACUUGUACAAUAGGCCCUCCUUUAUAUGAUGACAUUACAGGGCAAAAUAGGAAAUGCUGAACUCUUGACCGUUUUACAGAUUUGGGUCCUCUUCAGGUAUCACUCAUUGAUUGACUGAUUUCUGAGUCUUGGCUCAAUUCACAUCCCUCUCUGCACGGAGAGGGCUUCUUCUGUUUUCCUUUCUCCUGCUUGUUGCUGAUGUUGUGCUUCAUUUGAUGAGCCAGCGUUGUCUUUGGGCUGCAUGCCUUUGUCCCCCAACUCCAAUGGCUAUUUUUUCACAUUUCUGCCACUUGGGCAUAGGAAUUCAGCUUAACAUAGGAGCUAGGCAGAGGCGAGGAAGCCAGUAUAACCAACAGGGUUCCUUUUUAUAAUCCCAUUUCUAGACCAUCCCUCUUGGGGAAUGAGUCCCAGCAACUUGCCUUUCCUGUCUGGUCUUCUCCAGGCCACCUGUCAUUCUGCCUGCCUUUUUAAAAAGACAUCCGUUCAAACCGCAAAAGGUGCCUUCGGAUUUACAUUCCAGAGUGAUUUUUUUGUCUCCGGUUCUUAGUCGGUGCCAAUAUUUAACCUCUCUUAAUAUUGAAUCUAGGAUUUUCGAUAAAGCUCUUGAUAAACAGGUUGGAUUAGUGCUGUUGAUUUUUGUGUCAAAUUGUACUUUGGUCAUCGAUGUCUCUUGAAAGGGGCAUAGUCCAGGGUUCGACUUUAAACUCUAUCUAUAAUGGCUAAAAUUCACUCAUAGGAAAUAUCUGUCUGCGAGGCACUUUAAAAAAUUGUAAUCAGGAUUGGGGCCAAGAGGUCUUGUGUGUAGGUGCUCCAAAUGCCCCAGAGUGGGUUCUGCAAAGAGUCAGGGAGGUGGUUUUUGAUCUAUGUGUGGUGGUUAAUGGGGGUUGAACGGAAAACAGUGAGUGUGCACAUAUUAACAGUGUUAACAAGGAAUUGUAUACACACCAGGGUUCUCAAACUGUAGCCCUCCAGCUAUUGUUGGACUACAGCUCCCAUCAUCCGCAGCCACAAUGCCCAGUAGCCAGGGAUGAUGGGAGUUGUAGGCCAGCAUCUGCAGGAAGACCACAAUUUCAGACCCUUGGUCUGCACUGCUCAGUCCAUCCUUCAAAUGAUGUUAGAGAUGUAUUUUGCACAGCUAGUGCCCUUGCAUAAGAUCUAACUGGGAAAUACGGACAGUGACUGCGCAAUUUCCACGUGAGCCAUAAAGACAUGGAAUUUGCACCAUGGUAUUUGGAGAGUCUUCGUGUUCACUGGACAACUGGCAAAGUCCCCUUUUCCAGCUGCUUGCAUGUGCACAUUCUCCACAAUGUAGCACAGGGUGGCGUUCUCUAUUUAACUCCCAUUAACCCCCCUCAUAUUCCGUAUCCUCCAGAAACUAAGUUUUGAAUUCUUCCUGUGCAGACCUCGUUGCAGGAUUGUGCAAGCACUGUUUAGUAGCCAUUGCAAGCAAAAGGUAUUUUGCCACAAGGCAUUAUGAAGUUGAAGUUAUUAAAAACAUUUAUGGCCUUGGAGGGGGGAAAAAAUCAAUGGCUGUCAAAUAGAAAAGGACAGAAAUCAGGGGUUGUAGUUAGAGACAGGAAUUAUUUUUCCGUCUACUGAAACAACAGAAGAGAAUCAAAAAUUAAACUAACCAAAGAAGUCUCCUGGUGCUGUCCAUUUGAAUUUAAACUCCAAUAGCUGAAAGCAUGAAGUGGGGGCAGAGGGAGAGGGAGGCGCCCUGAAAGAGGAAGGACUCUCGGGGUGUGUCUCGGGGUGGGGGUGGGGUUGUGGCUCUGCCCCAGUGGUCUCUUGGUGCCUCCACUUUUAUGUUUCUGUGGUCCCCUGUCCCCACAUGCACUUUGUAAGCAAUGGGUCUGUAAAACAAUUGCACAAACACACCCCAUACAACGUCAUGGUCCUGCUUGAUCAGUACUACCUUAAACUUGAUUGGCUCUUUAAAUAUAAACAUGUGUGAUGUUUUAAUUUAAUAAAUUAUCAAGGUGGAUUUUUCCCUUA